AUGGCAAAGGCUUAUCAAAUGGACUCGAACAAGCAGGCCGCGCCCCGGAAGGCCAUGAAUUUAUCCUCUCCCACCGGGACAGGCACGCCAUGCUCUGCUGUUAAAUCCAGUUUAAGAUAUUUGUAUAAGACCCAAAGCAAAACUGGAGAACACCCAACGGUCGCUUGCGCAAUUGGAACCUCUCCAGGCUCGAGCAAUCCAGUUGCGAAAAAGGCUUCGACUACAGCUGAAGACAAUAUCACCAAGGAAGCUCCUGUGCUAUUAGCUCCUCCAAGAUCUAGACAUGAACUAGGUGGUACGGUUAUUGCUCAUGGUACAUAUUCUGGGCUGUUUCAAGACCGUCUCGCAAGGCAAGGCAACGGUACAUCAGAAAGCCCACCCGAACCAGCAUCAAAUAUCAAAGUUGAGCCAGAAAAUAGCCAUGAAAUCAGCCGUGGUCUCGGUACUGAUGCUAUGGAACAACUAGCAAUAACAAGGCCAGAAGGAGAAAUAUCCGGGAGCCAAUCAGGAAGACACAUCGGAUUCAAACCAAAGAAAGAGUUCGAGACCUACUACUCUUACUUAGAAAGCUGGUCCGAUGACGACGAUGAAUCAACCACGACCGAGAGUAGUGGUGUGCAAAUGGAGGAGAUCACAGUGAAGGUUGAGGAAGAGUUUGACUUGAAAGCUGUCGAGCUUCUGAACAUUUUUCCAAAAUAUAGUAUGGAAAGUUGCAAAUCUAUCGUUAAGGAAGCUCAUGGUAAUUUGGAAGUUGCAUUUUCACUUAUGGAGAAGGAAAGAGGUAAUGAUUUGGAGGAGGAUCCCAUUGAAAAUAAUCACGACGGCAAUAUCGAUCCCUUCAAGACACAUAAUGGAGUGAAAGUGGAAGGGGAAGACGAUAUUUAUCUCGCAAAACCAGGUGAUGAGGCAUCCACUGGUCCCCGUCACAAGAGAAAAUGCGACAGUGCUCACCCCGCGGAGGACUCAUCCCCGAAAAGACCUCGUAUCGCUGAAGAGAAGGGCGCUAUGAGCCUUGACCCAGCGGAGAUGUGGGUCGAAGAGUUUUUCUCCGACGGCCAGGGAGUAACUAUCACUUUGGAGUCCGUAAAGCACCCAUGCAAAUUCCCAAAGAAGUUUCUGAUGAAGACAUUCGGUUUCUUCAGGGAUCACUUUAGUGUACCUAAUACCGAAACGCAGAAGGUCAGUAUGCGAGGCGUCAAGAAGGAAAUCUUUGAUCCAAUAGUUCAAUGGGCGGUCUGCAAACACAUCCAACUCGAUCCAGAAAAGUACACCAUGCCGUCAAACAGAAUUACAGGCAUUCUAGAUAUGGUCGAGCUUGCUGACAAACUGGGUUUGCCCGGCUUUGGGCAUGGCAUGUCUAUCGACCUCACAACCAUAUUAGCCAAGGAUCGGACGGCCCUUAGAGGCCACCAUAUUCGCAAAGCAUACACGUUCGAGCCGUCCCACCCUAUUCAAGCCGUCUUCGUCAAGGCAGCAGUACGUCCUUUCUUGGAAUUUCGCGAUGUUGAAAUUGGGAAAGACAAAAGUAUGGCUUACGGGGACGAUGAUGCAUAUUACAGCAACGAUGCUCGCCGUAUCGCUUUCCACGGGGAUCUAUUUCAGUUUGAUCUGCAGAUGAGGCUUUUCCCCAAUUUCGAGCUGCAGCUGAUGAGGGCCGCAAAGGAUAUUUGGCAUUCGAGGAUCGUGGAAACGAGGCGUGGAGGACGAAACCCUAUAUUUACGACAUUCCUAAAAGAUCCGUUGACAGGGGAGCGCUUCAGAAUUUGA